AAUUUUUCCCCCAUGGAACUCGGGCCUGGAACUCGAGGCAGAUGCUCCACCAGACCACCACCACGUGCACCGCCGCCUCCGCCGCCUCCGCCCACGCAAACGGCGCCGCCUCCGCAUCCCUCUGCCACGGCCAGAUAUUUCCCUGCCUCUCGUGUUCUUCUCGGAUUUCGCCGGCGCCGGCCUUGCAAGAGGGAGGUGUCGCCGGUGCUACGGGAAGGGGCGCCGAUGCUGCGGGCAUCGCCGGUACUUCGGGGCUCCAUCGCCUUCUCCCGCUCCUUUUUCUUCCACACCACCACUUCAAAAGACUGGCGCUAGUCGAGCUCACCACCGGCUGCAAGGCCAGAGUCGACGACAUGUACAUGUACGCCUCCGCUGGUGGCGCUACAAGCAGCGAUAGCGUUUGCUACAAUAGGCACCGGUGGCCGCUACAACCGCCGACUAGUACUACUGCUACAAGCGUCGGUGGUGGGCGCUGCAAGCUGCACUGGCGGUUGCUACAAGGGGCGGUGGCGGCUGCUACCAUCGGUGUCGGCGCGUCGCCGGCUGCUACCAUCGAUGGUUUCCGACUGCUACAUCAGCGGCGGCGGUUGCUUCAAGGGGUGUCGCCGCAUGCUACAAGGAGUUGUGGCGGCUGCUACCAUCGACGACGGCGGCUGGUUCAAGGGGCCUCGCCGGCUGCUACAGGCGGAGGCGGCGGUUGCUUCAAAAGGCGGCGGCUGCUUCAAAAGGCGGCGGCGGCGGCUGCUUCAAGGGGCCACGCCGGUUUCUACAUGGGGCAUCGCCAGCUGCUACCAUCGGCGGCGGCGCCUGCUACAAGGGGCCACGCCGGCUGCUACAUGGGGCAUCGCCGGCUGCUACCAUCGGCGGCGAUGGCUGCUACAUGCGGCUGUGGUGGCGGAUUGCUUGAAAUGGCGUCGACGUUCAGCGGCGGCAGUCUAUGGGCACGCGGCGUUGCUGCUAUGGGCUUUGGUGUUGCUGCCUUGGUACCCGGCCAGCAACUAGCCCGUUGCUGCUAGCCACGGUCGGUGCUAUUGCGUGCAGAUUUUCGGUGGAGCUACCGGCGGCGGUCAGCCGUGCAGGGUGCACGGUGCUGCCGGUGAGCGGAUGAGCUAUGUUUAGAUGUGGUGCGAGGAGAGUCAGGGGAACAUGCGAAGUAGGUAGACUUGGUCAAAUACGAACCCGGAUGCGAGGCCCUCUCGUUUUCUAUUCCGUUGCGGGUUUGUGCUGGUCCUGGGGACACGUGUCAAGCACCAGAGGCGGGGGAUCAGAGCUUUGAUCCCCCAGGGGACGCUCAGCACGAUCCUUCGAGAAAACCACAAACCCUCGCCGCCUCGCGCUCCUCCACCUCCAGUGAGCUUGGGUACCCUGACGCGGCCUCCCGACGGCGAGGUACGGACGUAGGGUUACCUCUCCCACAUGUCGGCGCGUGGCUGCACGCGUGUACUCGCCGCUGCCCUGCACGAAUCGAGGACGCCAACGCCCCUGUUCUCAUCCUCCUCCGGUCGCCGUCCCCCUCAUGUGGCAGCGGCCAUGGCUGGGAUAGGAAUCCAAACAAUAUAGACUGAGUAUUUACAUGACAGUUUCAGAUAAGCAGGGAGAAAGGGAGAGGUAAUGGGCAUGGACGAGGAUGGGGACGCCAUGAGGGAGCACCUCAUUCACGCUGAUGCUGACGGCUGGUGGCAAGGCCAUGAAGAAACUCUCUUCCUCGUAUAGUACUGCCUUUCUCCCUCCUACUGCUUGUCGUCUUCAUCGAAGUGUCAGAAAACAUUUGCAAGGUAAUGCGCCAUCUCACUAUUUUUUUAGAUAAAAGGCACUGAAGUGCCCGACUUUGAAUUAACAAAGCCAGCAACGGCGAAAACGAUACAAAGUGCUGAACCCAGCUUACAGAACGACACCACACACCACACGAACUACCGAAGAAGCUACAGCCGGAAGCGCGACCAAGAAGCUCAGCCAAAGCGCCUACGAGGACUCGAAGAAGAGCUGGAGUCUACAGUGUCGGGCCGGAGCUCACCCGAGAGCGAGCCAUUUUCACGCACGCCUCAACAACACUCCUCCGUCGCAGAAGCGCCACCGGAAGCCGACCACCACCGAGGACCGAGCCGCGUUGCUCACAGACCGAGAAGUAGCACCAAGGAGGCUCGACCAGGGAAGGGGACGUAGCAAGCCUUGCCGAAGAUCGCCAAACGAAGCCACCUUCGCCACACAACCUUCGGAGAGCUGCAUGUUGUGGUCUCCAAGACGAUGUCUUCAAGAAGAUCGCGACACCGGAGUGCCGCCACCGCCCGAUCCGAGGAUCUUGGGUUUUCACCCGGAGAUAGUAGGAAGAAGGAGAGAAGCCCCAUGACACCUUCAAGAAGGGGACGGCGUCCGCGGACGUCGCUGUCAUGGCCCAAACGGGCAAGGGUUUCCCCUCGGCGUAGCCUCUCCUUCUUGCACACAGGGUUAGGCCGUCGAACGAUGACCGAACCGCCGCCACAACACACGGCUCGUCGCAACCACGCCGCCCGCACGACCAUGGCCACCGACCAGCACCAGAACCUCUGGCUCGCCCGUCAACCAGCAAGGUUCCCACCGACCAAGGCCGCCGCCUUGGAACCAAACUCCUCGCGCCGUCGGACCGCAACAGAGCACCGAGAACCGCCACCGAUGCAGAACACCCACUCCCGAACAGGCGAUGACCGACCUCACCGGCAUCUGCCCCAUGCAGACCACCAGAUGAGUGAGCAACUCCAAAGAUCAAGGCAGCCCACAGCCACCACGGCUCUCACCGGCGCCAGAUCUGAGGAUUGGACGGAGACUUCCGCAGCUUGAUCCGCGGCCAGCAACCACCCCGGCUGCCGGCUGUGCGAGAUCCGGCAGAGG